AUGCCAAAAUUGGAUGACUCAAUCAUAGAGCUGUACAAGGGGGUUGGGAAGCUGCUCAGUAAGUACACCUCCGGCAAGAUGCCAAAAGCUUUCAAGCACAUAGCUUCUGUGCAAUUCUGGGAGGAAGUCUUGUAUUUGACUGAACCUGAGAAGUGGUCGCCAAAUGCAAUGUACCAAGCAACGGGAAUAUUUGCUUCAAAUUUGGGCGUCAAGAAGGUCGAGCGUUUCUACAGGCUUGUCUUGCUGCCACGCGUGAGAGAAGAUAUUCGGAAGAAUAGAAGGCUGCAUUUUGCCCUGGAGGCUGUUAUUGUCGGGAGCAUCAUCGAGAAGAUCUCCAUUCCUCCUCUUCAUUCGAGUGUUGCACUGCUGAAGCUUGCAGAGAUGGAGUACUAUGGUACAACAAGUUAUUUCAUAAAGUUACUGAUUGAUAAGAAAUAUGCACUGCCAUACCGUGUGCUCGAUGCUUUGGUUGCUCAUUUUAUGACAUUCUACGAGGACUCGAGAGUAAUGCCUGUGAUCUGGCAUCAGUCACUUCUUGCCUUUGCACAAAGGUACAAGAAUGAGUUAACAAAGGAGGACAAAAUUAAUCUCAACACUUUGGUUCAAAGGCAAAGGCAUAAAUUGAGUCUGGUUUCUGAGCUUUCCACGUUCAAGAAAGUUUUUCUGUCGGUCCCUUUUCUGGAAACCGAUUUCUAUCGGCAGAGGUGCGGUGUCGGUCCCUUUUCUGAUGUUCGCUGA